ACAUUAAACAAAAACCGUUAUAAUUUUACAAAUAUUAUAAAUUUAAUUGUUCAGUGGUAGUUUAUUAAUUGUUCAAGAUGUCUAAAACAAUAAAGUAAAAAAUUGUCAAACAUUUAUUAUGUUACUCAUUUACUUGCGUGGGUGUGUGUAUCAUAGGACAUCAAUUUGUGUAUUAUUUAUUUCUAUGAGAUCAUAUAAUGACUACGACACUAUGUCCAUUGGAAGUAUUGGAAUUUCAGAUCAAACACAAUAAGUAUUGGUACUGCAAAUGAGUUUAUAAUUUUCACAUUUCAUUUUUGAUAUCUUCCCAUUAAAUAAAAAUGGCAAUGGAAUUAUUGGAUAUGAAUGAAGAUUGGAAACUAGCUAAUAAACUAAGAAUAGAAGAUUCCGAACAAUUUUAUACAUUGGUUCGAAUGCAUUUGUCAUUUAUUCUAGAAUCUAACAUUAAAGAAGGGGAAUGUACAAUUGAAGAAAAAUCAAAAAUCAAACCCAUUAAAUGGUCUUUUAUGAAAAAAGACAAAUGUUCUGUGAAAGGUGUUAUGGAUGGAGCACCAAUUACUCAAGAAGGAAUUUGUCAAGUGUAUCAACUUAUUGAUUUCCUGUCUAAAGAAGAAAAUGUCAUGCAAGAAGGUAUAUUUCGUAGAAAUGGUUCAAUCACUCGACAACAAGAACUGAAAGCACUUUUAAAUCAAGGGCAAACAUUAGAUUUAUACAAUGGACAGUUUACUGUUCAUGAUUGUGCAACUGUUUUAAAAUCAUUUUUAGCUGAACAACCUGAACCAAUAAUGACAGAAGCAUUUUACCCAGCAUAUUGUCAAAUAUCAGAAUUAUGUCAAAAAAUGGAGAUUAACAAUAAUAGUCAACGGUUACUGAGAGCACUGCAACUUUUAUUAUUGUUACUGCCGUUUGAUAAUUUAGUACUAUUAAAAGAUAUCAUUAAACUACUUCACUUCACUGCUAAGCACUCAGACAAGAAUAAAAUGCCUCCGGAUAAUUUAGCAACAUUAUUUACUGGUCAUUUAAUUGUUCCAAGAAAGUUACCAGCAGAAGAACUUUAUCAAAUAACUCAAAAUCUAUCACACAUUGUAAUUUAUAUGAUUAAAUUAGGAUUUGACUUAUUUAAAAUUCCACCAAAUUUAUCAGUAGAUAUUAGAGCUUAUUGGUCUAAAAAAACUUUACAACCUGUUAAGGAGGAAGGAACAGUUGCUACAACAGUAUUUUCGUUCACUGACCGUACAACUACCACUAAAGAAAAUGAAGAAAAUCCAACAGUCAAAGCAUUAGCUGAAUUAUAUGCCCAUGUUCAUAAUUUACCAGAAUCUGCUGAAAAACGUAGAAUGUUUAUUAAACGUGUUAGCAAUCACAAUUCUGUAAUUACACCUAAUAGAAGUCUUACAAAUUCUAUCAAAAAACACAUUUUUAAAAAAGGAUCAAAGUUUAAACAAGGUUCAAUGAAAUCAGCAGAACGACAACAAUCAAAGCUUGCAGAAGAAAAAAUCAAACCAUCUGCAGCUACUUCUUCUGAUAAAGAAAAUAAGGAUGAUUCAUUUAAGAUUAAGAAGAAAGGCACAAAAAAAUUACCUAUCAAAGAAAUGAAGUACUCAAAACUUGAAGACCAUUGUUCACCCAAAUUAGAUCUUGAUACACCAGUGGAUUGUUUUUCUACUCCUAAUGUUGUUAAGCGUAUUAAACGUUGUACUAGUACUCCAUCGACAGUUACCCCACAUCAGCAACAUCCUAAUGAUGAUAUGUCUCCAAUUACGCAGUCAGCUCAAAAAAUGACCAAAUCUAUGCAGGAAACAAUGAUGACUCCAAGAAGUCGUAAACCUGUAGUAGCAUUAUCAAACUCAAACAUACAUAAAAUGAAACCUUGUAACAGUGAUUCAAGUAUUUCAAAUAUGCCAAGCCGACAAAGUCUAACCUCUGUAUCAUCUAAUCCCUACUAUUUAAUGACUUCUGGAGAUUCAUUGUCCAGUUCAUUUCGUGACUAUCUAUUCAGUCAAAGUGUACUGACUGCUAGUCCAGUAGAUCUCAGUUUUGGUGAUACUAGUGCAUCAUCCACACAGUCAUUACUUUCAGAUUUAGAGGAUGACCAAUUACAAUUCUCUAAAUGUACCUCUUCUACAGAAAGUUUACCAAAAAGAAAACGAUUAACCAGUGAAAAUUUUAAUGAAACAUUGCUGUGAAAUAAUUUUAUACAUUUGAUGUUUAUUUGUUUUUAUUUAUAUAAAAUUAGAAAGUGUUUUCUUCAUUUUUGUGUCUUCCAUAUAUAUAUAUAUAUAA